CCAAUAAUGUAAUGGAUGAGUUGGAAGAGGUGUGACUGAAUUCGAAUGUGUUGUCACAUUGUAAUUGGAUAGGUGCAAAUAUACUGCGUCAACCUUGUGUUAUGUUGUGCCAAAGAAUGAAUAUUUCAAAUAAAAAGAGGUUAAAGUUCUUUGAAGAUCAUAACACAGUUGAAUUGAAUUGAAGAGUGUGAGUCAUCCUUAUCAGAAAGAAGAGAAAGAAGGGAAUGGCAUCGAUUCCCCAGCAGCUCAUGAAAGCUAUUACACUCGGCAUGAUUGUUGGGUGUGCACUGAUAAUAUGGAAAGCAUUGGUGUGCAUGAGUGGCACUGAAUCUCCUGUGGUGGUGGUUCUCUCUGGAAGCAUGGAACCAGCGUUCAAGCGGGGGGACAUCCUAUUCUUGUAUAUGAGCAAAGAUCCAAUUCGGGCAGGCGACAUUCUUGUCUUUAAUGUUGAUGGGCGUGACAUCCCCAUUGUUCAUCGCGUAAUUCAGGUACAUGAAAGACAAGAUACUGGGGAGGUCGAUAUUCUCACCAAAGGAGAUAGCAACAAUGAUGAUGACAGGGUAUUGUAUGCUCAAGGUCAGCUUUGGCUACAAAGGCACCACAUUAUGGGAAGAGCUAUUGGGUCUUUACCUUAUGCUGGUUGGGUCACAAUUAUCUUGACGGAAAAGCCUAUCAUUAAGUAUGUCCUCAUUGGUGCAUUGGGGUUGCUCAUCAUCAUUUGAAGACAGCAAAUCAAAAUCAAAAUCAAAACCAAACCUCCUUAUAGCUGUUUCUACUUGUCCACUUGUUCAUUACACGUUGCUUCAUCCUAUGCCCUGAUGCUAC